AUGGCGGACAAGGAAGCAACAGUAUACAUUGUGGAUGUGGGGAGGUCCAUGGGGGAGAAACGUCAUGGCCGUUCUGUGACGGACUUGGAAUGGGGAAUGCAGUAUGUCUGGGAUCGCAUCACCAGUACAGUGGCUACGGGGCGUAAAACAGCUACAGUUGGCGUUAUCGGACUCAGGACAGACGGCACGGACAAUGAACUUGGAGAUGAGUCUUAUUUCUCUCAUAUCUCUGUUCUGUCGAACAUUAAACAAUUUCUCAUGCCCGAUCUUCGAAAGUUAGGGGAUGAUAUAAAGCCCAGUAAAACUGAUAAAGGAGAUGCUAUCUCUGCAAUCGUCUUGGCCAUUCAGAUGAUCAUCACGUAUUGCAAAAAAUUAAAAUACAAACGCAAAAUUGUCUUAGUCACAAAUGGUCAGGGGUGGAUUAGUAGCGAGAAUCUUGAUGAGAUCACAAAGAAAAUUAAGGAGGACAACAUUGAAUUAGUCGUUUUAGGAACCGAUUUCGAUGAUCCUGAGUAUGGGGUUAAAGAGGAAGAUAAAAAUUCCCGAAAGGCUGACAAUGAGACCCUUCUCCGGGGCCUCGUCGAAGAUUGUGAUGGAGUUUACGGAACACUAGAGCAAGCUGUGUCGGAAUUGGAAAUCCCCAGAGUGAAAAGCGUUCGGACGGUAGCUACCUUCAAAGGCUUUCUUCAACUAGGUAACCCUGAAGAGUACGAUACGGCUGUUCGCAUCCCGGUUGAACGAUACUAUCGAACAUACGUGGCCAAGCCACCCACGGCAAGUAGUUAUGUUCUCUGCUCAGACUUUGCAAUGGGGCAGAAGCAAGCGGAGCCAUCAGCCAGCGCUGACGCUCGCAAAGACGACCAGUCCGGAGACGACAGUAAUCUAACACCAGUAAGGCUCCUGAGGACGUAUCAAGUCACUCAGGAGAGCGCCCCCGGUGGGAAGAUUGAUGUGGAACGGGACCAACUAGCUAAAGGCUAUGAAUAUGGCCGAACAGCGGUUCACAUUGACGAGACGGAUGAGAACAUCACCACCCUUGAAACUUUUGCGGGCCUGGAGCUUCUGGGGUUCAUUCAAACGGAUAAGUACGAGCGGUAUAUGCACAUGUCGACGACGAAUAUUAUUAUUGCCCAGCGUGCGAACGACAAAGCAGCUCUCGCACUCUCCUCCUUUAUCCAUGCCCUUUUCGAGCUCGAUUGCUAUGCCGUGGGUCGUCUGGUGAUGAGAGAGAACAAACCUCCCGUCAUAGUCCUGCUCGCACCCUCCAUCGAACCGGACUAUGAAUGCCUUCUGGAAGUCCAGUUGCCAUUUGCAGAAGAUGUUCGAACAUACCGCUUCCCUCCUCUCGACAGAGUGAUCACUGUGUCCGGUAAAGUUGUGACAACACAUCGGAACCUCCCCAGUAAUGAUCUGCAAGAUGCGAUGGACAAAUACGUCAACAGUAUGGAAAUGGUGGAGACGAACGAUAACGGUGAUCCUGUUGAAACCCUCCCGAUUGAAGAUUCUUUCUCCCCAAUACUACAUCGAAUCGGAUCCGCGAUCCGCUCUCGCGCUAUACACCCUACCGAACCAAUUCCUCCGCUCUCCAAAACAUUGCUCCGAUUUUCUCAACCGGCAGAGGAUCUGGUAGAAAAGUCGAAGAAAUACCUUGACAGACUGAUUGCAGCAGCCGAUGUCAAAAAAGUGCCCCCCAAAACCAAGGGUCGCAAGCGUUACGGCGAAGCCGAAAAGCCCCUGUCUGGCCUCGACGUGGACUCUCUUCUUCAUCAAGAGAAACGUGCCAAAAUAUCUCCUAACAAUGCUAUCCCGGAGUUCAAGCAGACCCUGACUCAGGCGGAGAAUAUUGACGGUGUCAAGGACGCUGUCAAGCAAAUGACAGCUAUUGUCGAGGACCAAAUCCGCCACAGUCUCGGCGACGUGAACUAUGAUCGAGUCAACGAGCAAAUGGGCGUGAUGCGAGACGAACUGAUAUCCUACGAGGAGCCUACGCUCUACAAUGACUUCCUGAUCCAGCUGAAAGAGAAGUUGUUGAAAGAAGAGCUUGGUGGGGAUCGCCGUGAAUUGUGGUGGUUACUUCGGAAAAGUAAACUGGGGUUGAUCGAUCAGCGACAGUCUGAACAGUCUCUGGUGACUGAGGCGGAAGCCGAAGAGUUUAUGUCCAUGCAAUGA